AUGGGAGACCCAAGAAAUGUGUUGCUGCCUGAACAUCCACUUAUCAAUGAGAUCACUUCUGUGGAUCAGGAUCAUGCUUCUGAGUUACCUAUGGAUGUUGACCUCCAGGAUACUGCUAGUGGCAACGUGUUGGCAGGAAGCCUGGAUAUUCAAGUUGAUUUGUCCGAGUCAACGAUGGACAUUGAUCACUGCAUCUCUGGUAAAUUGUGUGCCCUUACUGGUGAUGGGAACAUGAACUUGGAAUGCAUUGCUCGGUCUAAACCGCAAAGAAUUACCAGACUGCCCAAGUGGUAUUGUGUUGAUGGGCCUGUGGAACAUGUUGUCCAUCAUAUUGAGACAUCUACUCAGGACAUCAAGCAGCCCAAGGAGCCUGAUUGUGCUCUCGAGCAAGUGAUUGCAGGCUUGAUGUUUUCCUUGGAUGCGACUCAACUUGCCAACUUUGGGAACAUGUCGGCAUGGCCAUUAUACUUGUUUUUUGGGAACCUGUCAAAGUAUGCUCAUGCAAAGCCUGACUCUGGAGUGUGUCAUUUAGUCGGAUUUUUACCAUCUCUCCCAGAUCGAAUCAAAAAUACCUUCCAAAAUCUUGGGAUUGUUACAAAAAGUGGUAUAGCUGCUCUAUUUGCACACUGUCGAAGAGAGCUUUUCCAAGGAUGUUGGGACAUUCUUUUGGAUGAUGACUUCAUUCAUGUGUACCACCAUGGUAUCGUAAUGAGAUGCGCUGAUGGCAUACUUCGCCACGUGUUUCCUCGAAUAUUCACCUAUCCUGCAGAUUAUCCGGAAAAGACACUUAUUGCAACUAUCAAAGACAUGGGAUCAUGUCUCUGUCCAUGCUGCCUGGUGAUGAAAUCAAAAUCUGAUCAUGUUGAAUUUUUGAGAGACAUGCGCGCGUGGAUGCAAGGUCUAAGGGUCUACUCCUUGCAGACGAUACAGGCUGCACAAGAUUUUGUAUACAAGUCUGGGUACGCAGUUGACGGAACUGCAGUGGAGAACCUUCUUUUCCGUGAGUCAUGGGUUCCAACUAUUAAUGUCUUUGCUCAAAAGCUUGGGCGCUUCGGAUUUGACCCAUUUUGCAUGUUAGUUGUUGAUUUUAUGCACGAAUGUGAAUUGGGAAUGUGGAAGAGUCUCUUUAGUCAUUUGGUCUGCCUUCUAUAUGCCCUCCCCAAUGGCGCUGAAGUUAUUAUCACACUCAAUAAAAGCCAUGUGCCCACAUUUGGCCGAGGUGCUAUUUGCAGAUUCUCUGAUGACAUGUCCAGCAUGAAGAGGUUGGCUGCAAGAGACUUCGAGGAUAUUCUACAGAUGCAGGAGUUAGAGAAAGAAUCAUCUUUGGCUCCCGACUCCCUCAAAAAUCUUCCGCCCCCAGAUCCGCGCCUUCAUCACCAACUAUCUCAUCAUUGCAACUCUCCUGUUCACAUACACCAACUACUACAGGACAACGAGAAUGAUCCAGUGCUUAAGAAAUUCAUUCCAAAACUCAAGGACCACUGGUACCAUUCGGGGAUUCAAGCAGCUCGUCUGCCAAAAGUCGCUUUUGUACCUGAGACUAAUGACUCAGCUUUCAGUUUUGUUGAUCCUGCAUUAGUGAUUCACGGAGUGCACCUGAUUCCAGCCUUCACAGAUGAAAGGGUGCUCCAAUCCACACCAUGGCAAACAUCAGCUGGACAUAAAUGGAGGGAGGAUGAUGGAUGGGCUGCAUACUACAUCAAUAUGUUUGUAGAUCGUGAUAUGUUCCUUUGUUUUACCAGUGCUGGUGUCGGACAUGGACCCUGGAGAGUAGAUGAUCCAAGCGAGGAUUCAGGAGAAGCCUACAGCCAUGCUGAACCUGGGGAGGAGGAUGAGUUAGGGGACAAGGAAAAUGAGGAGAGUCAAAUGGGAGAGGAUAGUGAUGAUGGGAAUGAGGGGAGCGAGGAUGAAGAGGAGGACAAGGAUGAAGAGAAGGACAAGGAUAAAGAGAAGGACGAGGAUAAAGAGGAGGAUGAGGAUGAAGAGGAGGACGAGGACGAGGAGGGUGAAGAUGACCACAUGGAGGAUCCAAGUCUCAAUGAUUCUGAUGCUGACGAGGGUGGUAAUUUCUAA